GCACCAGGCACGUUGGUUUGCCUUCAGRGCRGAGCAGCAGGACCUCGGAGGAGCAGAGCGGGCCGGUGCUGCUCAGAAUGACCAACAGAGACAGCAGGACAUCCAGGAAAUGGAACGUAUGAUGGACGAAGGGAUGGAGGAUGAUGACAGAGGUGAGGAAGGUGUUGGGGGUCCAGGGGACCGGGUCCAAGCUGCCGCUGCUGUCCAGGAACCGAGCCCCAUCAGCGUCGCCUGGUCCUUCAUCAGCACCUUCUUCACCUCGCUCAUCCCAGAGGGACGGCCACACCCAGCCAACUAGGAAGACUUUGUGCCUCCCUCCUUCCUGCCAGCAGAUGUAACUCUACAGAGUGCGCCACCUUCAUCUUUACUGUCCUAAAAGCACAGAUGGACCCCCUAAAACAUCUUCAUUUACGCCUGGAAGAGGAAYAGCUGAUUCGAAGUGUUGCUGUGGAGCGUGUGAGCGGAGAUGAACUGAGUAAAAAACCAAAAGCUGCAAUGCUGAAGAUUUGAAUUUUUUCUUUUAAUUUCUGGUGUUUUCAUGGAGAGAUGGCGAUGACARGUUGCAACAAAUGGACCAUCGUUACAAGCAGAGAUAAAGUCCUGCUGUUGAAACUUCUUUCCUUGAGGAAAGUGACUCAAACAGAAAAAAAGUAAAAUCUCCCUAAAAUGAGAAGGAGUGUUGUGUCUUUAACAAACUGUAACAAAGUUGUUCUUAAAGACAUUUUCAUGUUUGCACAGAAGUACAUACAGACUGUGCAGCUGCUGAAGUGCAAUGGUUAUCCCACUUUGUGUAUCAUUUAUUCACACAUGUAAGUAUAUACAUCUUUAAUUCUCGAAUCUAUGCUUUUGGAAUAAAAGUUGCUGCACUUUAACUUGA